AUGUCUGAUUCUUCCACCACGCAAAACUCAGCUGCGGCGGCUGGUAGCCUUUCAGGAAGUAUAGCAUCUGCUACCUCAUCAACCUUUCCAGCCUCAGUUGGAUCAAGCCAGCUUUCAACGCCGACUCUCAGCACACCUGCUCUGCCACUUGCAGAAAUCACCUUAACAUUAUCUGGGGCCCAGCCUGGUAUCGACAGAGGCACACCUACCCAAGUAGCCAACACAAUUUUCACGGCUACCCCAUACACAAAUGCAGCUGCACAAGCACCCAUCGCAGUGGCGGUUACUAUCUUUGAGUAUCCUUUAGCUCAUACUACUAGCAUCAAGCCAGCGACCAAUUCAAGUGCUUCGACGCAUUGUCCUCGUCCAUCUUCGACCGGUAUAUCUACUGGGACUAUCGCCGGGGCAUCAGUAGGUUGUCUGCUGGGCGGCCUUCUGAUCGGGGCAAUUGUGGCACUAGCGAUUUUGCGUCGAAAGCACCAGAAAGAUGGAAAGAAUAUCAAGAAGGAGAAUUUCGUGCUGACAACGGAGUCAAAGAUUUACGGAGAGCCUAGUUCUGGCCAGUCAAGUAAGGAUGUUGACCUCCACCAAUUCCUCCUAGAUGCAACUCCCGACAAGGAAAUCGGCGACGAAUUCCGUUCACUAAGCGAACUGGUACGGUCUCACAUUGAGAGUCAUUACCAUCUACAACCAUUGCACUCUUCGGCUUCACUAGUUCCGAGCAUUCGCGACUUGGAAUUGCCCCAGACUCCAGGGUCAACUCCCGAAAGCGUGGCCGCUAUCUGUGCCAAUCCGGUCAGUCGACAAGUCGGGCUUCAGCACGUUGUUUCCACGGCCAUUCUCAACAGUAUCGACUUCCCCUCAGGGGGCCGAUUUUCUGUGCUUCCCGAACCAGUGACAAACUUUCUCCGCUCCGUCCCAAGGGAUACCCAAUACGACAACUCUAGUGCGAAAAUGCUCGCGUUGUCACAAUGGCGUAAAUUAUCGGCGUUUCUACUGCACCCAAGUCGCAACCAACGGACUCCACUUUCAAUGCCAGACUCGGCGGCAGCUCAGCAUGCUGCUGAUCUCACCGCAGCUCUUCAGGUCUUCCUUAGGCCUUUCGUUCCUGCAGACCAGACCAGACUAGAGGAGCAAACGGAACACCUCCAGGCGGUCAUUCUGGAAUGUGCAAAGUUUGGUUGGUUGGUCAUGUCACAACCCAGCGACUGGCAUUUCAAGUAUGGCCAGGGUGGAAGAAACUCGGGGGUCCGGAUGCUCGUCGUUUUUCCUGGUCUUGAUAAGUUAAGUGGCAAGGAUGGAAAGUUGUAUCGGUCACCUCAUCAGGUCGUGGCGCCUGUGGUAACACAAGUUUAG